UGACGUUCCGGUCUAUUUUUCUGUCAUGUCACAAUAGGUUAUGUUGAUUGCUUCUCGUUUAUCUGUUUUACCAUUUAUAUAUGAUGUUUAGGUUGGGAAGAUCAUUGUACGUGGCUGUGCGAGGUCGGAACGGUGUUGUGAGACCAGAGAACAUUAAAAAAGUAGUUAGAAAUCUGAGUUGUACAACUUCUUUGAUGGCAGACAAAUUCAAGUUACCUGCGCGAUAUGGAGCAGGAGAAAAAAGUGUGUGGGUGGAAUACAUCCAACUGGCAGCGGAAAUCAAGCCGGCAGUGAACCUCGGACAGGGCUUCCCCGACUAUCAUGCUCCCAAACAUGUCACUAAGGCCCUGGCAGACAUUGCCACCGGCCCAAACCCACUGCUUAACCAAUAUACUAGGGGAUUUGGCCAUCCACCACUAAUUCAGAACUUAUCAAAAUUAUACUCUCCAUUAAUAGGAAGAGAAAUUAACCCUCAGACUGAGAUCCUAGUCACAUUUGGUGCUUACGAGGCUCUGUACUCCGCUAUCUUGGGUCAUGUGGACGAAGGCGAUGAGGUGAUCGUAAUCGAACCUUUCUUUGAUUGCUAUGACUUUAUGAUCAAGUCUGCUGGUGGAAAACCUAGAUUUAUUGCUUUAUGUCCCACAAAAACAUCAGGAGAAAUAUCAUCAGCAGACUGGGUGCUUGACGAGAAGGAACUCGAAUCUCUCUUCAAUCCUCGCACCAAGAUGAUCAUUGUGAACACCCCCCACAAUCCUUUGGGCAAAGUGUUUACCCAGCAAGAGUUGGAAGUAAUAGCUAAUCUGUGCAAGAAGCACAAUGUGCUGUGCUUGUCCGAUGAAGUGUACGAGUGGAUGGCCUAUGAGCCGGUCAAGCAUAUUAGGAUAGCAUCAUUCCCUGGCAUGUGGGAGCGUACGAUCACAGUGGGUUCAGCCGGCAAGACGUUCUCGGUGACGGGCUGGAAGACGGGCUGGGCGUACGCGCCCGCCGCGCUCAUGCGCAACCUGCACGUCGUGCAUCAAAACUGCGUGUAUACCUGCUGUACUCCUGUGCAGGAAGCGAUAUCCCGUUCAUUUGACUACGAGCUGGCCCGCCGCGACUCUCCCGAGUGCUACCUCACAUCUCUGGCUUGCGAGCUGAGGCCCAAGAGAGACUUCGUCAUAAAGUCGCUCAGAGAGAACGGCUUCAACCCCACCGUGCCCGAAGCCGGGUACUUCAUCAUCGCCGACUGGACUAAUUUAGCCGAUAAGAUCGACCUAUCAACAGAACCAGACAAGUACAAAGACUAUCAAUUCACGAAGAAGUUUGCCAAAGAGACGGGAGUACUCACCAUCCCCCCCACGGCCUUCUACUCGCAGGAACACAAGCAUUUAGGGGAGAACUUCGCUAGGUUCUGUUUUAUUAAGAAAGACGAAAACUUGCAGCUGGCCGGCAAAUUAAUCAAAGAAUGGAACGCUAAGAAUAAGAAAGCUUGUGUUUAGGCAUGACGACAAACAAAGGGAAUGAGUCCAUCUUUUUGUGUUACGUCACUUGAAGUACAGUCCGCUUCAUAAAGAAGGUAACACUCAGGCUACUCAAAUAUAUUAUAGCGACGUUAAAAUAAACACAAAAUAUAUUAACAAUUAAAAAGUUGAGACGUUCAAAACUUUAUAUAGAUAUGGACGGACAAACAGCCAUUAUAUGUAUCCAAGCAUUCAAAGUGUACAAAAAUAUGGAACACGUUUGUAAAAUUUAAAAUAUUUUAUUUUUUUAUCUCCUCAAAGCAUACCAAAUGAGAAACUAAAAUCGAACAGUAAAUGAAAUGUAGUUCCGAUGAGUUCCAUAUUUCAAAAUAUACAAAAUGCUUGGAUACCAAAAUAGUGGAAUGGCUGUUACCAUAUUUAAGACUUGACUGCACCUACAUAAGUACGUUUUGAACACUUAAAAUUUUUUUGAUAUAUUUAAGUUAACGUUUAUACAGAUAUUAUUAGCUUUUUGGUUGCGUUACCAUUUUUAUGGCGCUGACUGUACAAAUUCUAUAUAACCAUGAUGUGACUCCUUUUUAAUGUCUUAAGUCUUAGUCAAUAAGCAUGUUUCCUAUUUUGGAAAAAUACUACUAUGAUGGCCGAAAGUUGCUUCCGAGUCCCAAAAGUUAUAUAGGUAUUUUUGGGACUAGAAAGGCGAAUUAAAAUCACUUUUAUAACCAAGCCUAUUGUGAUAUAUAUUGUUAUAUUUUUAUACAUUGUUAACGUUAUUACACAAUAUUGUCAACUCAAAACUUUAAGAGUUAAGACACAAGUAUAAAACGUUGUUACUUUUAUAUAAUUUAUGUUGGAACGAAGACUUUUAGGAUUGCAAUUAUUUUCUUUAUAAAUUAUUUUACUUAUUUAUAUGUUAUAGGUAUAUUAAAGAAAAUGCGAUUCGUGA